AUGCCUCCACAUACUAUGGGAUCACUGAUCCCCAAAUCGUCCCCCUCAUUCCAACAACGGGUCUCUUCACGACACUCCACUCGUCAUGGCUCUCCUCCAGAUUCUUCCGAACAGCUACGAGCGGAACUCGAGCGAGACGACCUGGUGGCUGACGGCAUGGACACCGCCAUCUGCAUGCCCACUUCUCAGUUCAAGUCCUCCUACCUCACUCCCCCGAGUGGCGUGGGCGGCAAGUUCUCCAGCGUAUUCCCCGACGCGCAGGUGACACUAAUCCACCAGGAGUUCAAGAAACCCUUCGAGAACGGCAAGAAGCCCCUCGAGAAGGAUUUAUACGAAGCUUGGAGCGCAGCCGAUAAAAUCAAGCCUUUGCUGCCGAACCACUUCUUUCACGUCUCCCCGGACAAACCCGACCUCCACAGUAGUCGUCAAGACAAGCCCGAUGCCAGCUUCAUUCCCACCGACGAAGCUCUCCCCGCUCACGACCCCGGCCGCGCUAAUUUCAGGCUGCUCAACAUCUCCGUCGAAUUCAAGCGAGGAUCCCCGGGGGCGGAUCCCUUUGACGACAGCGACGAUCCGGACCACGAGAAGCUUAGCUCGGACCGCCUCGCUGUACGCGGUCAGCUCAUGGCCUAUACUCUCAGAGUGUUCAGGCUUCAGUUUCGCGAGGCGCACUUCCAGCUCUUCGUCAACGGCCGCCAAUUCCGCUUCCUCCGCUGGGACAAGUCUGGUGUCGUCGUCACCGAUCCCGAGGAUUACGUGACCUUGGAAGGCACGCGGAAACUUCUACGCAUGCUCUACGACUUCUCUUGCCUCGAUCGCAAGGGCCAAGGAUACGACACCACUGUCAAGCUACUGCCGUCGACUAGCUCCGGGUGGCAACAACUGGAACUCAUCAAGAGGAGCCACCCCUUCGACGUCGAGGCGUAUCCCGACGCUCCCGUGCCCCAGACGCCCCUUCCUCCCUGUCUCUCCCUUCCUUGGUCCGCAGUCCCGCAGUCUCUCCUGUUCAAAAGGAAUUUCUUGAGGGCGGACCCUCUGAAAGCCGCGUCACCCAAAGCGGUCCAGAUAUUGGCUCUGGCCCGCGACGGCGACCGGGUCAGCACCGACUCGGAGUACUACGAGCCGACGUACGAGUACAUCCGCUCGAAGUUCGCCGAGACGCUAGGCGACGGCGCUCUGCGGUACGUCAUGCACAUCGGCAAGAGGCUGUUCCUCGUCGGCGAUCCAGUCUUCCACGCGUUUGGCGUCGUUGGGCGCGGGACGAAGGGCUUCUUCGCGCUCGACUGGCUCACGCAGCGGAUCGUCUUCGUCAAGGACACCUGGCAGCCGUUCUACUCGGGGCUCGAGAGCGAAGGGGCCGUGCUCAAGCGGCUGAACGAGAAGAACGUGCGGUUCGUGCCGACGCACAUCUGCCACGAGGACUACGUCGACCAGGAGACGGAGACGUCGAACUACGGCCCCACGGGAUCGAAGAGGGUGGACUUUUCGCUCCGCCUCGCGAAGACCCAGAACGCCGUCGCGUCGUCUUCGACCCCUGCCGCAGCCGCUGCGACGCCCGGUGCGGCUCGCGCCACGCGCAGCGGGGCUAAGCGGACCCGCGGCGACGUAGCCCAAGGCAAGCAGGGUGCGAAGCUGCGUCAUUUCCGGCACCACCGGCUCGCCGUCUUUGAGGUCUGUCUGCCGUCGACCGCGUUCAAGGACGGACGGAUGUGGACGCUGAUAGUCUUCGCUGCGCUUUGUGCGCAUAGGGAUGCAGUCAAACUGUGCGAGAUCGUGCAUCGGGACGUCAGCGUCGGGAACAUUCUCGUGUGCCCCCAAGUCUCAGGGAACCGCCUCGAGUGGGAGGGGAAGCUGAGCGAUUGGGAGCUGUGCAAGACGAACGUCCCCACAGUCCCUGCUCGUCAGCCUAUACGCACGGGCACGUAUCAAUUCCAGCCAAUAAUAUGUCUCAAGGAUCCCGAGACGGUCGUUGGCGUAGCCGAAGAAUUGGAGUCCUUCUUCUACGUUUUCCUUUACAACGCGGUCUGCCUUCUCGACCACAACCUCCCUGACGUGCACGAGUUCGUCAGCAAGUUCUUUGACGACAACUCAGCCCGCGUACCGAUGUUGAAGAUGUCGGCGAUGGACCCACAAGGCGUAAUCCGCGAUUCAAACCGCGUCGAGCUAGAGUUCGAAGCGAGCGGUGGUGCCACCGCGCACCCCAUCAACAGCCUCAUCGACGAGCUCCUGCAGUUAUUUCAAGCGCGCUAUCAAGUGCUCAAAUACGACGACGACCUGCGCGCCUAUCGGAAGAAGCUCUCCGCCCUUCAGUCGCAGCAAGAGCCCCUCGCGAACGAUGCCAAAACGAACUCUGAUGAUGUCGAGCUCGUCAACUCGGAUACUACUGAUGAGCCGGAUGCCGCUGCGAAGCCCCCUCCAAGCCAGGUCAGAAUCCUGGCCGACGAACUCGCUGUCGUCCCUCGCCCGACGAGGGUGCCCAGAGCCAAGGAGCCGAAGCCCCCCGGUCAGGACGUGUCCGAUCUAGCCGCGCGGCUCGACGACCACGCGUACGUCAUCGGCCUCUUCAAGGGGUACCUCUUGCAGAACAACUGGCCCGCGAAAGAUCGGCUCCCGGAGAGCGCGCUCAGGGGCGACGACGAGACCGCGCUGCGCGAUGUGGUGCGCCUCCCUCGCGCCGUUUAUGGCCCCGCCUAA